AGUCCCGCCUCGUGAUUCAUCCUGUACGAUGGUCCACUCGCUCAAUAAUUUCAAUAAGUACAUUUUGUCUUUUCACCUCUUGGUUUAAAUUGGAUAAAUUGAUUCAGAAUGGCUGAUAGACCUAAAGGAUAUGGAUUUACCGCUGAGGCUCAAGCCAAGAUGAGCGCAAAAUAUGACGAUGCCGUUGCACACGAAGCGAUGGCUUGGAUAAACGAUUUGAUAUCCGAGAUCGGUGAAGGACCAAUCAACACCAGUGGAAGUGCAGAUAAUGUUUAUGAAGUCCUGGAAGACGGUUACGUUCUUUGUGCCUUAAUGAAAGCCAUUGAACCAUCCAGUAUAAAAACACUAAAAAGGCAGAAAUUGGCAUUUAAAAAGAUGGAGAAUAUUUCUGUUUUCUUACAGGCAAUAGAAAACUAUGGCGUUGCUAAACAUGAUUCGUUCCAAACAGUUGACCUUUACGAAAGAACUAAUCUUACCCAAGUUGUCCUAUCCAUUCAUGCUCUAGGACGAAAGGUAAAUUCCAGAGGCGGAAGAGGAAUUGGUCCAAAAGAAUCUGAACGCCAGUCACGCGAGUGGACGGAGGAACAGUUGAAAGCCGGUCAAAAUGUGAUUGGAUUACAAAUGGGAAGCAACAAGGGGGCGUCUCAAGCUGGACAAAGUUUCGGAAAAGCAAGACAUAUUGUUGAUUAGAAUAAUAAAAUCUGGACGGUUUAUUUUAUAAAUAUCUCACGCAUCAUAAUGGCAUAAUAACAUAAUAACAAAG